GACUUGAACGUGUAAUAGAGUCAAUUGACCAAGCCAUUACACUUGGUCUUCGUCCUCUUAAAAUUAAUUGUGUGGUUGUACGAGGGGUAAAUGAUCAAGAAGUAAUAGACUUUAUUGAAAUGACACGUACAAAGUUUGUAGAUAUAAGGUUCAUUGAGUAUAUGCCAUUUGAUGGUAACAAAUGGAAUAAACCAAAAUUUGUUCCAUAUAGCGAACUUUUAGAUAAUAUUCAAAGCAAGUACGAUGUUAUGAAACUACCCGAUGAUGCGCAUGAUACUUCAAAGGCAUAUCAAGUACCAGGAUAUGUUGGUCAAUUCGGUUUUAUUACGUCAAUGACGAACCAUUUCUGCGGUACUUGUAACAGAUUAAGAAUUACUGCUGAUGGCAACUUGAAGGUGUGUCUAUUUGGAAAUGCAGAAGUAAGCUUGCGCGAUUUAUUACGAGAGAAUGUACCCGAUCAUCAAUUACUAGAAAUUAUUGGUGCAGCUGUAAAAAAUAAAAAGAAGCAACACGCAGACAAUAUCGAACAGUUACUUGCUGCAAAGAUAUCUUGGAAUAAAAAGAAGCAAACCAUAAUGUCGUCCAUUCAGCCCACAAUAUUCAGCCCACAUUGUCUUUACCAACUUGACAAAACUUUCAUUCAAACCCGAGCUUUCUCAUCAAAAAGUAAAAAAUCCGAAUGUUCAAACAUGUCACAAAAUACAACAAAUUCCGAUACCCCUACACUCUCUCAUGUUGAUCCUUCAAGUGGACGUGCAUCGAUGGUAAACGUAUCUAUUAAGAGCCCAACCAUUCGUACCGCGACAGCGAGUGGAAAAAUACGAGUUGGUCGUGAAGCAUUUGAUUUGAUACAAGCAAAUCUUAUGAAAAAAGGCGACGUAUUAACAGUUUCACAGAUUGCAGGAAUUAAUGCUGCCAAACAAACAGGAUAUCUAAUUCCUUUAUGUCAUAACUUAUUACUUUCACAUGUAUCAGUUGAUUUGAAGUUAGAACAAGAUUAUUCAAUUGAAAUUGUGGCAAAAGUAGAAUGUGAGGGUAGGACAGGUGUAGAAAUGGAGGCAUUAACUGCAGUUAGUAUCGCAGCAUUAACAGUGUUUGAUAUGUGUAAAUCUGUAAGUAAAAAUAUGGUAAUUGAGAAUAUAAAACUUUUAGAAAAAACAGGAGGAAAAAGUGGAACUUGGAGAUCAAAUGAAACCAAAUAA